ACUCUGCAGCUGCAGGAGCUGGCGACUGGAGCGGGCGGCCGGCAUGAGCGCCAGGAAGCGGAGCUUCACCUUCGGGGCCUAUGGAGGGGUGGACAAGUCGUUCAUCUACCCCAGGAACCUCCGGAAGAACAAUGGGCCGAGUCAGCACUUCUCACACGCCGUAGAGCUGCCCCGGGUGGACUCUGCUCCCCCCCACACUGCUCCCCGCCACCCUAAGAACACCGAAUUGUUUGAAAUGAUUGAAAAGAUGCAGGGAAGCAGAAUGGACGAGCAGCGAUGCACCUUCCCUCCUCCUCUCAAGACAGAAGAGGAUUACAUCCCCUACCCCAGCGUCCACGAGGUGCUGGGCCGGGAGGGGCCGUUCCCCCUCAUCCUGCUGCCGCAGUUCGGGGGCUACUGGAUCGAAGGCACCAGCCACGAGCUGACCAGCGUCCCCGAAACCGAGCAGCUGCAGUCUCCCACCUCCAAGGUCAAGCUGGAGUGUAACCACACGGCCAGGAUCUACAGGAAGCACUUUCUGGGCAAGGAGCACUUCAACUACUACUCCAUGGACGUGGCGCUGGGGCACCUCGUCUUCUCGCUCAAGUACGACGUCAUCGGUGACCAGGAGCACCUGCGCCUGCUGCUGCGGACGAAAAGCCGCACGUACCACGACGUCAUCCCCAUCUCCUGCCUCACCGAGUUCCCCAACGUUGUGCAGAUGGCCAAGCUGGUGUGCGAGGACGUGAACGUGGACCGCUUCUACCCCGUGCUGUACCCAAAGGCCUCCCGCCUCAUCGUCUCCUUCGACGAGCACGUCAUCAGCAAUAACUUCAAGUUCGGUGUCAUCUACCAGAAGCUGGGCCAGACGUCGGAGGAGGAGCUGUUCAGCACCAACGAGGAGAGCCCAGCCUUCGUGGAGUUCCUCGAGUUCCUGGGCCAGAAGGUGAAGCUGCAGGAUUUCAAGGGGUUCCGGGGCGGGCUGGACGUGACCCACGGGCAGACGGGAACCGAGUCGGUCUACUGCAAUUUCCGCAACAAGGAGAUCAUGUUCCACGUGUCCACCAAGCUGCCCUACACCGAGGGGGACGCCCAGCAGUUGCAGAGGAAGAGGCACAUAGGCAACGACAUCGUGGCCAUCGUCUUCCAGGACGAGAACACGCCAUUCGUGCCGGACAUGAUCGCCUCCAACUUCCUGCACGCCUACAUCGUGGUGCAGGUGGAGAGCCCCUGCUCCGACAACACCCUCUACAAGGUCUCCGUCACAGCCCGGGACGACGUGCCUUUCUUCGGCCCCCCGCUGCCCGACCCAGCCAUCUUCAGAAAGGGCACCGAUUUCCAGGAGUUCCUGCUCACCAAGCUGAUCAACGCGGAGUACGCCUGCUACAAAGCUGAGAAGUUCGCCAAACUGGAGUCAUUGCUUGUCCCUGGGAAAACGCCAAGUAGGUACGGACGUCGAGGCAGCGCCAUAGGGAUAGGAACCAUAGAAGAGUCGCUGAUUGUUCCCGGGAAGAGCCCGACGCGGAAGAAAUCGGGGCCCUUCAGCUCCCGGAGAAGCAGCGCCAUCGGCAUCGAGAACAUCCAGGAGGUGCAGGAGAAGAGGGAGAGCCCGACAGGGACCCAGAAGACCCCGGACAGCGGCCACGUCUCCCAGGAGCCUAAAUCCGAGGACUCGUCUAACCAGAGCUCUCCGGAGAUGCCCACCACCAAGAACAGGGUGGAGGCCCUCGCUCAAAAGUCCGACGCGCUGCGGGAUUUCUCCCGCUCCUCGUCCAGCGCCAGCAGCUUCGGCAGCGUGGUGGAGGAGAACGAGGGCGGCAACGACGACGACACUGGCAUGGAAAGCCAGUCCUCCUCGGGGACCCCACACAAGCGAGACUCCUUCAUCUACAGCACCUGGCUGGAUGACAGCCUCAGCACCGCCAGCGGGGGCAGCUCUCCAGGCCCCUCUCGGUCUCCUCAGCCAGACGCCAGAAAAUCUGGGGACCCGGCUUGUCCAGAGAUCAAAAUCGAGCUGGAGAGAUCGGAGCGGCACACACCCCACCUGAGCUGCUAGCCCUCCCUCCCCGGCCUCCGUGGAUGCGCGCUCCUGCCAGCACCCACAGAAGAAGCACAAGCUGAAGGACUUGCGGAGGGUCCCGCUCUUUGUCACGGCAGACAGCCUCUGCCUCAUCGCCAAAGCCAGCCUGCCGAAGCCUGCGUCCUAGACAGCUAGACCCACGCUCCCGCCUGCCUUCCCACUUCCAGGCUGGGCAGCAGUUUCCCUGCGGCGCGGAGAGCCCGGGAGCAGCGACGACAUGCGAGAGGGACCCACCACCGCUCUCCUGCUCCCAAAGCUGCUGCGAGACCUUAGAAGCGGGUGGCAAAGACCCCGCUCCUCUCCUCCCCCACGACGCCCACCCAUCAUGCUCCCGACCCUGUCCCCAGCCCCCUGCCAGGUCCGAUCACUGCACAUUGCCGACGGGACUUGCAAACGAAGCCGGACACAUCUCGCCCCUCCAGCUCUCACCUGCUGACCCGUGAUGUGCCCUGCGGAGCUCUGGCCUGGCCAGUCCUCGGAGGAGCCCCGCCAGCAAGGAAGCCACAUGCACCCAGGUGCCCACGACCACCAGGUGACACAGGACGGUAGAGCUGGGACUCAUCCAUGGCAGGACAAUCCCCCUGGGCAGCUAGAUCCAGCCUCCUCUAGGCACCACCUCCUCUGGGUGAGCUCUGCUCCCAUCCCAGCCUCGGUCUAGCCGACGGCAGGUCUGGCUGGUCUCCUCUUGAGGUCCUUGCCAGGGCAUUUCACCCCAGCCCUUUGCCAUGCCCGUGUCCUGCCCAGAGAGCUCGCAGCCUGCAGGGGCAAAGGGAUCGGCCAAGGGGAAAGGUGCUGUGCGGCAGCUUGGGUGAAGCAGACCUACCCAGUCCCAUAGUCAGGGACACAGCAGCAUCCAGGACUUCCCACGACCCUCUGUAGCCUUGAAACACCCUGCAGAGCUGGGGCCAGUUUGCAAGGCUCGGAAAAAGGGGGUGUCAGGUAGGUGCUCCCUCCCCGCUUGACCUGAGCCCCCAGCUCCUCCCCGUGGCUGCGCAGGCAGGGCAAGGCUGGCCCCGAUCCCUGGAAGGCCGUUUACGGAGGCUAUCGCGGCAGCUGAUGCUCUGGGGAUUGGGCUGCGGUAACCAAGACCCCAUUCACCAGUUUCCCCCAGCAGAGCCCACACCACCCAGUCUCAUCUUGUCAAACAAGGCCCCAAAGUCACGAGCCCAGCAGCAAGUGGGGGGGCUUUUGCCCCUGUCACAAGGGUCCCUGCACCCCAGAGAGACCCAGGCUGCUCUAAUCCAGCGCCCGCCGCCCAAGGGAGUGACCCCAACCCAGGGGUCCCCAAAAGCCGGGGAGUGGAGGGCACCAGGGCCACAGGGCUCAUGCCACCCUUUAGGGAAGGCAUCUCCAGCUGCAGACGGCGCAUCCCCCAGAUAUAGGACCAAAGGGGUGAAACGGGUGGGGUGAGGUAGCCAGGGACAGGAGUGGGGGCAACGCCUAGUGCAGAGGAUCCCCGUGAGCUCCGGUUGGGAAAGGAAGGGUCACUGCAGCGUGUUCACGCGCCCCCAGCUCUGGGCAGGCAUGGCACAAACACCCCCGGCCAGGGUGUGGGGGGCAGACACAUUUAUCCCAAAGAGCCGCUGUGCAUUGACGAGACAAUCCUGACGAGACCUGCCAGAGCCAUAGGACUUAACCCCUGCAAGCCCAGCGGCCACGCAACCUCCCUCCAGCCGCCCAUCCAGCUUCCCUGCACCAAACCAGGCACACAGCGUGUAGCAAAGCUGCCAGUCCACCCCGCCCUGGCACCGGCGAGACACUGAGCAGAGUUAUUUGAUGCAGGGUUUUCGGUGAGGGCCGUUGCUGCUUUCCCUCCUCUCUCCCCCCUGCAAAGUUUUCUUGCACAACUUCUGUUUUAAUGAAGGAUCAAACCAACCCCCAAGUUUCCAGCUUUUCCAGAACUGGGUUUUGCAACAAACAGGCUGAGUUUGUCACCAGAAAACAAACACAUUUCUGUCUGUCAUCCAAACCCGGAGAGCUGGCUUCCCCCAGCCUGGCAAGGGGCAUUACAGGGCCUCCCAGGAGGUUGCUGGGGGAAGAUCUUGAUCCCAAAGGGCAUUUCCCACCAAGAAAAUGCUGCUGGUAAAGCCAUUUGGUGGCUGUUGCAUUAGCAUUUGUUUUAAAGCCACUGCCUAGGGGCUCCUUGGCACCACACUGGGUGCCCCCAUGGAUAAGGCCAUAGCCCUCCCAAUGCGCUACAGAGCAGGGCCUCGUUCUCCAGUACAUCACGGAUUCAGAGGGUGGUCUGCUGCUGAGAGCACCCUGGGAGCCUGCUAGCAGCUAAAGCAGGAUUACAUGAAUAUAUAGCCACGGGUACGAUUAAAUUUGGGGCUUUGUGUCGCAUAAUUGUAAAAAAAAACAAAAAACCCCACCCACCCAUUCUCAAUGGCUCCCCUCUGCCGGCAGGAAGGUACGGCUCCAUGACAUGUAAGUAACUUUUCAACUGCCUACUGUAUGUGUAAUACAUCCCGCGAGCGUCUGGGAUUCCUCUACGUCUGUGUUGUACUCAUAUUUUUUUUGAAGGCACAACAUACGUUGAGUCAGAUCCUAACUUAAUGUUUGGACACUCGGGUUUUUCCCCCCCACUUUCUUUUUUUCUUUUUUUAAAUCCGAGAUGGUGUUUGUGUAUCCAGUGACUGAUGUAUAAAAUAAAGUUCUAUUUAUCGCUAUUGUAAGAAGAUUCUAUUUGUAAAAAUGCUUUUUAAGAUAUACAGGCUCAAAAAAGGAAUAAACUGGAAA